UUUACUCGAUAGCUUCUAACUCCUCCCACAAGCAGGCCAAGAAACGAAAUAUUUUGCCGAUAUUUUGAACCGUUCACUAGAAGGCGGAUGCAACAGAGCGAGAUCACCUUUUCUUUUUGUCGCUAUGGCGUUACAUAGUCUCCAGCCAAUGAUUUUAUGCCCGGCAGCAAACGUUUCACGCAUGAUGCUCCCAUUUACGGCUUUAUGGAGACAGUAUUUUUAUGCGUUCCGCCGAACUCAGACCAGAACAGAUAUUUGCAAGAUUGCUUAGCAGUAAUAUGGAUGAAGAUUGUUCUGAGACCAAUAACAACAACCAAAAGCUGGACACGGAAAAUGGCAAAGAUAUUGAGAAGAAGAAGGGAUUGGCAUUGCUGAUUUACGAUUUGAAACAACCCAAGUUAAUCCCUAUCAAAAUCCUAAGUCUGAUUGUUUUUUCCGGUUAUGGAGUUCUAUUGCCCUACGCUGCAAUUCAUAUGAAAUCUUUAGGGAUCAGCGUUGAAGAAACCGGUGCCAUUUACACCGUGUCUGCAGUCUUCGGUGUAUUGACCCCUAUCUGCACAGGCAUGAUCGCUGAUAAAAUAGGAAAUUUCAAGGUACUUUUGAGCGCAUUGUUCGGCUUUGCUAGCAUCACUUCGCUCAUGUUCUUGUUUGUUCCAGUCGGAAGGAUUUCAGUGGAUUACCCAACCAACAUUUCGAUGUCACUGGGUUGCGUCGACGAAAACUCGGCACUUACGUUAACAGAUCUCGAUUUACAUCCGUGCAACUUGAAACUGGGCCCAAAUUUAGAAAACGGCGUUUUUAUAAAUGUGUCAGUGACACUGGAGGAGUGCGGAAGUGUGUGUUUUCACAGCGAAAAAUUGGAUGAAUGGAGUGGCACUGAAACAAGCCAAGAAACCACCUCUUCUUUUGUAAACCAUAUCUUUUUAGAUGACCCCAUCGGGAAAGAAUUUCGUGAUGCGGUUUUUUUCCCUAACGACUGGGAUCUAGACAUGUCAUGCUCACAGCAAAAUCUGACUGGCGAAGGUAUCUGUCAGCUAGAUCGCAAAAGUGGUACUGGAUCAGGGAAAGAAAACAACGUAACUCUGGGAUUUAAUUUAUUUAACGAUCACAGCAACCAAACUGCAGGAAUCAUCCCCGUCAAGUGGAUGGUUUGGGAAGACGAAUCCGGGUUUGAGCAGAGGGCUAGCCAUUUUCAGUGUAGCUCUUACGGCCAAAAACAAAAACUCCUUCAGCAGACUGCGUAUUCUCAAGACAAUCAAACGGAAAACCGCCGAUCCAUCUACCAGCAAUUCUGUCGAUCGCUGUGCAUCGUCCAGAUCAACCGCGCCGACAUCUGUUCCAACAAAGUGCGGGAAGAUGUCGUCAAUCCUCAGUUCACAUUCUGGACGUACUUGUUACUUCGAUCGGUGUUUGAAAUGUUCAUCAGUGGGUCUGCCACUUUGUUUGAUGGAGCCUCUUUGGUAUUGGUCAAUGAAGUCCGUGGUGAUUUUGGUUUCCAGAAAAUGUUUGGAUUCAUCGGGAUUGCAAUUUUUUCACCGAUUUCUGGAGCCAUGAUGGACCAUUUUAGUACAAAUGAAAAAGAUAAAAAUUUUCGGCCGGCUUUCUUUCUUUUUGCUGGAUUAUUUGGCAUUGCGGCUGUUGGAAUGUUAACGAUUGAUCUCAAUUUUAAACCUCCGGCGGAGAAACUGGUAAAAAAUGUGAUAUCGUUGUUGAAAAUCGUCGAGUUGGACGUUCUACUAGCCGUUAGCUUCAUCUCAGGAAUGUUGUUGAGUUGUUCGGGAAAUUACUUGUUCCUAUUUUUGGAAGAAAUUGGAGCUACCAAGUCAUUAAUAGGCCUAUCUGUUACUAUCUCUUGUCUAGCAGCGAUUCCGAUACUUUUGCUAUCAGAGACGAUUUUUCGUUUAUUCAGUAUUCCCAAUCUGAUUGUCGUUACCCUUUUCAUCUACGUCGUACGUCUGAUAGGCUAUUCUUACAUCACCGACCCAAAAAUGUGUCUCGUGUACGAGUCUAUUGAAGCGAUAAGCGGUACUCUGACCCUGAUAUCUCAAAUGGUCUAUGCAACUCAACUGGGGACGACGUCCACUGUGACCUCCAUUCAGGGAUUAAUUUCAACGGUCUACUUCGGACUAGGGGGUGGUAUCGGAAAUUCUCUAGGCGGAGCCUUGAUCGGAGCGUACGGCCUGCGAGUGGUUUUCCGCAUUUUAGGCGCCGUCGCUUUCCUCACUGGAUUCCUCUAUUUUCUCUUUAAUAUCUGUUAUCUGCGUCCAAGGGCCAACGAAAAAAUUAACACUACCUUUGACAAGACUGAAGAGUGAAGAAAUUCAGUGACAUUCAACCUCCGUUAUAGUAUUUUAACAGCUUCUAAGCUAAGCUUUUCCAUAUAAUAAUCCAUCAUUAAGUCGGUCGCAUAAGGACUCUACUUGCUUAUUUAGAUUAUUUAUUGUACAACCUACGCAAUAUUCCAAAAUUUAAAGAUUAAAUAAAUUUCAGUAAAUUGUUAA